AUGCGGCUGAGCGCGUUCUAUCUGCUUACCUACAUCGACAUCGGCCCCGAUAACUGCAUUGCCUUGUCGUUCCGUCCUUCUCAUCUGCUCAUCAUCGUUCGAGCACCAAUAUGCCUGUCGUUGCCAGGAUCAGCUGGCUCCGCGGCGAGACCAGGCGACUGCGAUAGCCGCCAGCAUGGGCUCGGAUCAUGUAUAAUCGGUAUUGAAACCAUACCGCCAGAUUCUGCCUUCACCGUUCAUGGUCUCGCUCAGGCGGCGCGGAAUUCAGUGAAGAUUUUAAAAACAUUUCAGGAUACAAACGUUUCAGGAACGAAGAUUCCGGUGUCAAAGACCAGUGAGGAGAAAUUGUCCAUCUCCCAUUCUCGCGGCAUUGACUACGAAAACUAUAUAAUUGCAGAGGAAUCACCAGGAGAUCAUCAGAACAAGCAAGCUAAAAAUCAGCGAACGCGCAACAUGGCCACCAAUCUGCUUUUUACUUUUGUGUUCCUGUGUACGGUCGCGGUCAUGACUGUCGUUGGAACGGAUGAGGCGUUAGCUCAGGUCUCGUACAAAUUGCCAAUCCGAUCGAAAAGGAGCGUUCUUUACGGUGGAUAUGGCCUCGGUUACGGCGGCUUUGGUAGUCUGGGAUAUGCCGGUUACUAUCCAGGCUAUAUAUACCGUAAUGGCUACCCUGGAUACGCAAAAUAUGGACUCGGAUAUGGAAAUCUGGGAUAUGGAUACGGAGAUUAUGGUGGUUAUUUUUGGUAGACUGUCUAGUUCGGUCUGCUAAAUAUUGACUGCUCUUCCCCAUUGUGCAAAACUCACUCCUUUUGAAUGGCGCACGAAUCAAUGAGAUGUAACUUAGUUAAACUCGGAAAAUACCAACUACAACAAUAAUCUAACGAAUGAAAAAUAAAUUAUAUGUGGCACUUAUCGUUGUA